GCUUCGGUUCUUCCCGCUUUGGACUCUUUGGGGAACCGCGAUCUUCCACUUCCCAAACACAUCCCGCGCUAAUGGCGCACGCCGCAGUCCAACUCGGCUCCCGACCUUCCGUUCCAAAUACCCUGUACUAGCACUAUUUAUUCCCCAGCUUCCACGACCAUCAGGCCGGCGCGGUGAGAUCUCCAUCCAUGGCCACGGCGGCGGCGGCGGCCGGGAAGCGGGCACGCACCGGCGACGGCGAUGACCACGACGACCGCAUCAGCCACCUCCCAGACGCCCUCCUCGGCACCAUCAUCUCCCUCCUCCCGACCAAGGAAUCCUGCCGCACGCAGCUCCUCUCCCGCCGCUGGCGCCCGCUCUGGCUCUCCUCCCCGCUAAACCUCACCGCCGACUUCGACCUCCGCACCACCGUCCGGUCCCGCGCGGCCCUCGUCUCCGCCAUCCUGUCCGCCCACCACGGCCCCGGCCGCCGCUUCUCCUUCCCCUCCAUCCCCAUCAGCCGACUCCUCCUCCUCCUCCACCGCCCUCGCGGAUCUCGACGCAUGGUUCCGCUCCCGCGCCCUCGGCAAUCUCCAGGAGCUCCACAUCGGGUACCACGACUGGCGCUCCGGGGGCCCGCCGCCGCCUCACACGGGCCUCCCGCUCCCUUCCUCCCUGCUCCGCCUCGCGCCGACGCUGCUCACCGCCAAGAUCGGCAACUUCGGCUUCCCCGACGAGCUCCUUCGGUCCCUGAAAUUCCCGCGACUUUGCAGAGCGUUUCGAUCCCGGCGGAGGCGGCGUUUCACGCCAUGAUUUCCGGAUGCCUGGUCUUGGAGUCGUUAUUGCUGUGGGAAGUUCGUGCUGUGGGGGAAUGCCGCCGCCUCCGGAUCAGCUCGCAGAGUAUCCGGAGCAUCGGGUUCCGUGAUGAUCGUUUACUGGGGAAAGAGGAACUGGUCAUCGAGGAUGCUCCUCGUGUUGAAAGAUUGCUGAUACUAUAUCCGGGAACGGGUGAGACUGCUCGGAUCAUCAGAGCUCCUAAACUUGAGAUAUUGGGCCCUUUGCCGUCUGGCAUCAGCAAAGUCGAGAUUGGAACUGAUCUGGUCAUCCAGGGAAUGAUCCCCGUCAGUUCGAUGAGCAAGAUACGCACCGUGAAGGUUUUGGCUCUCACGUCUUCUUGGCAGCGUCCGGAAUAUCUGGAUGCUGUUCUUGAUGUCCUCAGAUGCUUCCCCUGUUUGGAAAAGCUCUAUGUCAUUGCUCGUCGAUGGAUACGACAAACGUCCGUCGGUACGAUCCAUUAGACCCGAUCGAAUGCCUCGAGACCUGUCUCAAGAAAGUGGUGUUGAAGAACUACAGAUGCCGUCAUGAACAUCUGAGGUUUGCCGACUUCUUUCUUCGGAAUGCAAAAGUCUUGCAGAUAAUCGCGUUUGGUGCCUUUGGUGAUGAACAUAGGCUGCCACAAAAGAAAGAUAGAGCUUCUCAAGAUGCUAAAUUUCGUUGCACAAUUGAUUCUGCCAAUUUUUAUAGCAAGCUGAACAGCCAUGACUUGUCAAAGAUGGAUCCCUUCAGCUACUCGUCUUGAUGCACUUUCAGAAGGUUUGUCAGUGGCUGAUCAACUUCAAGGUCUGCUUGCUUUGCUAAUGGGGAUUGAUGCCUGAAUAUUACAUAGCAUGUAGUACUACUAACGUCGCUUUGUUCAUCAAGCUAUGCUAGUGUAUUUUGUUUAGACGAGUAUGGAUGAACCUAAUUUCUUGCUCUUCUCAACACUUUGGUUGUUGAAAUGUUGACAUUCGGCUGCAUUGCAUAUCUGUGUAAAAAACUCGAAUGUCCAUUAGGGCAAUGAUUUAUAUGGUCAUUCAGUCA